AUGGCUAUCAAACCGGUCAAGAUCGCACAAGAUUGUCUGUUGGUGCUGGACUCUAGAACAGCGCAGAGUUACCAGAUUCCUAUAAAAGACAACGCCAUCUUGGGUUCAGACAUCGGUAACAUAGUUGGGCUAGCUGACCCAGAUUUUGAGGAAGAAGAAGGCGAAGUCAAUAGUCAUACCAAUGGAAACAGCAAUGGACAUGUCAAAAGCACAGCGAACGGUACUGCUGUUCGCCGCAAGCAGAGGGGACUUAGUGUACUGGACCCUGGCCUAGAAAACAUUGCAAUCAUGAAGUCGUCCAUAACAUUUAUCGAUGGGCAGCGUGGAAUUAUCAAAUUUCGUGAUAUGAUGAUUGAGGAUCUCUUCCGCGAUUAUGUCUACGAGGACGUCAUGCACCUGCUUAUUUGGGACGAGAUUCCAACUGAAGCCAAGAAGCAGGACACUCGAAUUAUCAUGGGCAGUGCUGGAGUCCCCACAGAAGCUGUGAGAAAGGUGAUAGAGUCGUUUCCACGUGAGGCGGAAUCAUACCAUAUGAUCCUUGCUGGUAUGGCCGCGUUCGCAUCUGGCGACACAAUCAUCGCAACCGCUCGACACCAACAGAAGCCCGUGUUCCAUGGAAAUUUAUCACAGGCUGAUCCAGCUCUUCUCCGAACUAUUCAGUAUAUGGCUACCACGACAGCGCUGGUGUACUGUCACAAACAUAAUCUGGAAUUCACCAAUCCCGAUCCUAGCCAGUCCUUGGUCGAGAAUCUGGUCAUGAUGAUGGGCUUCCAUGACAAAGAAUAUGAGGGGAAGCCAAAGCCUGAUGCUAGAAUUGUGGAAUGCCUGAACAAGUUGUGGAUCCUCUACGCAGAUUUCGAAAUGACAGCAUCCACAGCCGCCGUGUUGCAAGCUGGAUCUGCACUUUCAGAUCCUGUUUCGUGCGCUAUUUCAGGAAUCGUUGCUGGUCAUGGUCCUCUUCACGGUGGUGCUAUUGAGCUCGCUUACGAGUCGUUCGGGAAGAUCGGUUCGCCAGAGAACGUUAAACCCUACAUCGCGGCCGUUAAGGCUCAAAAGGCUAGACUCUUUGGCUACGGCCACCGUGUCCUGAAGAACCGCGAUCCCAGAGGUGCCUUGAUGAAGGAAAUUAUGGGCGGCAAGCUUGCCGAAGACUUUGCUCGCAACCCCAUGCUGCAGAUAGCUUUGACCAUGGACCGCGUUGCGAGGGAGGAUCCCUACUUCAUCGAGCGAAACCUGCACGUCAAUGUUGAUCUUUACGGGUCUUUCCCUUAUAUUGCUCUCGGAUUUCACAAGGAUGCUAUCACCGCCGUAACUAUUCUGUCUCGGUUCGCUGGCCCUCUCGCCCACUGGCGUGAGAGUUUGACGCAGCCUAUCAAACUGUGGCGUCCUCGACAGGUAUACGAGUCUAAUGUCCAGAUACCAAUGUAG